AUGAUGCUAAAGACAAAGUUCUUUCUUCGCUCCGACUGAUGAGCACCUGGAGGCACCCAAAUGUGGUGGUGUUGCAGAAUAUCUACAAGGUGCACCCAGAUUAUCGUCUUAUAAUAUCCACCAGCUCUUUUGAUGGUACCUUAAAUGGAUGGCUCAAGCAUGGUGAAAAGAACAAGAUUGAAGAGAACAGGAUUUUAAAUAUGGAUGGAAAAUUCACCCCUGUUUUCAGCAGAAUCACACUAGAUCUACUUGAUAUCUUGGACAAGAUGAUUAGACGUAAGAUGUGUCCGAAAGACCUUACAGUUGACAACCUAUAUCUGAAGACUGUGAAUGGUCAACCUCAACUUAAAGUAUUCUUAGAUGAUGUUGAGGAUCUCAGGGGUAAGGCUCAAACGUAUAUGGAAAAACUAUAUGUGAAACUAUGUGCGGAGAUAAAGAAAAUUAUGACAGCCGACGUUUUGAUACAAAUGCACACAGGGACCAGGGCGUACUGUGAUUUCAUUGAGAAACACGGUCCUGACUGCAUUGGCAAAAAUUUGGCAAAAGUUGCCAAGUUUUAUCCCAUUGAGUGGAAUGAUGAAGACAAGAGCAAGUAUCUCAUUGACAUAUUCUCAUCAACUCGAGAUUGUAGUGCGGCUCUUAAUGCUUGUGGAAUAAGAUGGCCAAGAAAUGAGUCUGAAGAUGACAUGUGUCAGGAGCUGAAAACACUAAAAGAAAUGAUGGAAAGAGCGAACAUAGAUAACAACAAAAGGAAGGCGGCGCUGAAACUUCAAGGAGCCGAGGGUAGAGCUGCGGCCAACAAGAUCAGGGAAUACAUAUGGAACUGUGAUAUUGACUAUCCAAAUGAUCUUGUCAGGCUCGUGAGGAACCUAUGGAAGCAUUUCUCCACGUACCCUCACUACAUUAAGACGCACCUUGGGGGUAGCCAAAGUGCUGUUUUGCGCAAGUUCGAGCAGUGGUGCCCUGAUGCCUGGACGUUGAUCUACAACACCGUGGGCCAACCAUGAAGCAAGGAGACUGGCGGCCAAGGAGAUUGCAGGCAAGGAGGAGGCUGAAGCAAUGUUUUUUGGAACUCAGUAGCAUGGAACUGACGAGAGCACUGAAUAUAUUUUUUGACGGUGCAAAACACUGAUUCGUAAACUGCGCUUGCGGGAAGCGUGAGAAACCAAACGAAAGAUUUGGCGGUGCAAAACACCUGAUCUUUUUUGUAAGAUGAAAAACUGCGCUGGAAGUGUAAUUUUUUGGAUAGGAGCGCUGCAAGUGUAAUUUUCUGGAUGGGCGCGCUGGAAGUGUGCGUGCGUGCGUAUGAGACCAAAAGAAAGAUUUGGCUGAAUGCCGCGCCAGCCCAGCUGGAAGUGUUUGAGACCAAACGGAUGAUUUGGCAGCCGGCCGGAUUCUGUAAACAAAUGCUAUGAGUAGGAACCAAAAACAUGGAUUUGGUCUUGCUUUA